CCCUUUCGUCACCGCUCGCUCCAUUCCAAUUUUCACACAUUCUACACAAAACCCUAAACCCUACAGCUCCCCUUCCUCAAUCUUCCAAUGGCGGAGCUAAAACUCUCCGAGAGCCGAGACCUGACCCGAAUAGAACGAAUAGGGGCACACUCUCACAUCCGCGGCCUUGGCCUUGACUUCUCGCUGGAGGCCCGCGACGUCUCGGAGGGGAUGGUGGGCCAAACCCAAGCCCGCAAAGCCGCCGGCGUCAUCCUCCAAAUGAUUAAAGACGGCAAAAUCGCUGGCCGAGCCAUCUUAUUAGCGGGACAACCUGGGACCGGUAAAACCGCCAUCGCCAUGGGCAUGGCCAAAUCCCUAGGCCUCGAAACUCCCUUUGCUAUGCUCUCGGGUAGUGAACUCUUCUCCCUCGAAAUGUCGAAAACCGAAGCGUUAAUGCAAGCGUUUCGAAAGUCCAUUGGAGUAAGAAUCAAAGAAGAAGCCGAAGUAAUUGAAGGCGAAGUCGUUGAAAUCCAAAUUGACCGCCCGGCGGUCUCCGGGGCGGCUUCGAAAACGGGGAAAUUGACGCUUAAAACGACGGACAUGGAGACCGUUUAUGAUUUGGGGGCGAAGAUGAUUGAGGCGUUAGGGAAAGAGAAAGCGCAGAGUGGGGAUGUUAUAGCUAUCGAUAAAGCUUCUGGGAAGAUAACGAAGCUUGGGAGGUCAUUUUCGAGGUCCAGGGAUUACGAUGCAAUGGGCCCGCAAACUAAGUUCGUGCAAUGUCCGGAUGGAGAGUUGCAGAAGAGGAAAGAAGUUGUUCAUUGCGUUACGCUUCACGAGAUUGAUGUCAUUAAUAGCAGGACACAGGGAUUUCUGGCACUUUUCACUGGUGAUACUGGUGAAAUCCGUGCAGAGGUGAGAGAACAAAUUGACACAAAGGUGGCUGAGUGGAGGGAGGAAGGAAAGGCAGAAAUUGUGCCUGGUGUCCUCUUUAUUGAUGAGGUGCACAUGCUUGAUAUUGAGUGCUUUUCCUUCCUGAAUCGUGCUCUUGAGAAUGAGAUGGCCCCGAUAUUAGUUGUUGCUACCAACAGAGGAAUAACUACAAUCCGGGGCACAAACUACAAAUCCCCACAUGGAAUUCCAAUUGAUCUUCUUGAUCGACUAUUAAUCAUUACUACUCAACCUUAUUCUGCUGAUGAAAUUCGCAAGAUUCUAGACAUCAGGUGCCAAGAGGAAGAUGUAGAGAUGUCUGAAGAUGCAAAACAACUGUUGACAAAAAUUGGGCAUGAGACAUCCUUGAGAUAUGCUAUACAUCUUAUCACAGCUUCUGCAUUGAAUUGCCAGAAGCGGAAGGGGAAGGUCGUGGAAGUACAGGAUAUCACUCGGGUUUACAGUCUGUUUCUGGAUGUAAGGAGAUCGACACAGUAUUUGAUGGAGUACCAAAAGGAAUACAUGUUUAACGAAGCAGCAAUGGUUGAUGGUGGGGAAGAUGAUACUGAUGCCAUGCACGAUUGAUAGUUCCUUCAGGUUUAGAAUUGAAGAUUUUGUGUUAUUAUGUUUCUUUUUUAAUGCCCUUCAAACAUGGCAUGUCAUAGCAUCUUACAGUUUGUUGUGUGUCAUGACUAAUGUUAUUUGGGUAGUUCGUGCUGUGCAGCGAUGAGUUUGUAUGGAAUACCAGCUCUUACUUAUCCGGUAGUUUCUGCAGGA